AUGGUCAUCAAUCUUUGCUCGUUCCUUGAUCGUGGCAAUGUCGGAAACGCCUACGCUGCUGGCCUAGGCGAGGAUCUGGGAAUCACAUCUGAUGACUACGCAUGGCUGAUUACAACGUACUUCAUUGCGUACAUCUGCUUCCACUGGCUUAUCCUGGUCUGGAAAGUCGUCUCACCUCCGGUUUUCGUCAUGUGUGCUGCUCUUGGCUGGGGUACCAUCAGCAUGCUGCAGGCAACGGCAACAAGCUUCGCAACGCUGAUGGUCUGCCGAUUCUUCCUCGGCGUGUUUGAGGCUGCCUUUGCCCCUGGCAUUCCUCUGUUCUUGUCCUUUUACUACAACCGGCGAGAGAUGGGGCUCCGGUAUGGGCUCUUCUUCUCGACGGGGCCUCUGUCCAGCUGCUUCGCUUCUGCCAUGGCCUACGGCAUCUUACACGCUCGCACCGCUCUCCAAGGCUGGCAAUUGCUCUUCAUCAUCGAAGGAGCUCCGACCAUCAUCCUCGCCCUUGUCGCUGGCUAUGUUCUCCCAAAGGCGCCCAACAAGUGCCGUUUCCUCACUGCAAGAGAGAACGAGAUCGUCUCCUCCCGAGCAAUCAAAGGCAGAGGCCAAGAGGAGGAAGGCAAACUCAACUUCAAACAAGUCUUCGCAGCCUUUUACGAUUACAAGAACUAUCUCGGGGCUGUCAUCAUCUUCUGCUUCAAUAGCAGUUUUAACUCGCUUCCAGCGUUUCUACCAACUAUCAUUGAGGACAUUGGUAUUGGAAACGAGCUCACUUCACAAGGCUUGGUGGCUCCACCGAACCUGAUGGCAUUCAUCGUCUGUGUCAUCAUGAGCACUACAUCGGAUCGACUUGGAAUCCGAGGUCCAUUCAUCUGCGCCUUGAGCUGCGUCGGCGGCGUGGGCUAUCUCCUCCUCAGCCUCAUCGAGACACCUGGUGUACGAUACUUCUGCACAUUCCUGAUCCUGUGUGGUGGAGUCCCAGCCAGUGCUCUCACCUUUACCUGGGUCACAGACAACCAAGGGUCGGCCUCAAAACGUGGAGCAGGACUGAUUAUCUUCGGCGUCGUCGCCCAAAGCGGCUCGAUCUUAGGUGCUCAUCUAUUCCCCAAAUCGGAGGCGCCGAAAUAUGUCAAGAGCAUGGCUAUUUGCGCAGGCUUGCUGUUUGCUGGUGCUAUCUUGACGGUCAUCUUUAGUAUUUGCCUAAGGAUGCAGAACAAGUGGAGGGAUGAGAAGUACGGCAAGGCGGAUCCAAAGGAGGUGCCGUCCGAUAUCUUUGAUCUGGGCGAUCAGCAUCCGAUGUAUCGCUAUGUUGUGUAG